GACGGGAGGGUCCUCGGCUAAAGCCCCGAGCGGAUCAAAGUGGUGGGACUCGCGCCGCGGCCGCGGACACGACAAGCCUCGCCCGGGUCGGAGCCCCGCGCGCGCCGCCCAUGGAGAAGACGGAGCUGAUCCAGAAGGCCAAGCUGGCCGAGCAGGCCGAGCGCUACGACGACAUGGCCACCUGCAUGAAGGCCGUGACGGAGCAGGGCGCCGAGCUGUCCAACGAGGAGCGCAACCUGCUGUCCGUGGCCUACAAGAACGUGGUGGGCGGCCGCCGCUCCGCCUGGCGCGUCAUCUCGAGCAUCGAGCAGAAGACGGACGCCUCGGACAAGAAGCUGCAGCUCAUCAAGGACUAUCGGGAGAAGGUGGAGUCCGAGCUGAGGUCCAUUUGCACCACCGUCCUGGAAUUGUUGGAUAAGUAUUUAAUAGCCAAUGCAACCAAUCCAGAGAGUAAGGUCUUCUAUCUGAAAAUGAAGGGAGAUUACUUCCGGUACCUCGCCGAAGUUGCAUGUGGUGAUGAUCGAAAACAAACGAUAGAUAAUUCCCAGGGAGCUUACCAAGAGGCUUUUGAUAUAAGCAAGAAAGAGAUGCAACCCACACAUCCCAUCCGCCUGGGGCUGGCUCUUAACUUUUCUGUAUUUUACUAUGAGAUCCUUAAUAACCCAGAGCUUGCCUGCACACUGGCUAAAACGGCUUUCGAUGAGGCCAUUGCAGAACUUGAUACACUGAAUGAAGAUUCGUACAAAGACAGCACCCUCAUCAUGCAGUUGCUUAGAGACAACCUAACAUUAUGGACAUCAGACAGUGCAGGAGAAGAAUGUGAUGCGGCAGAAGGGGCAGAAAACUAAGUGCAUACAGGGUGUCAUCCUUCUUCCCCUCAAGAGAAACCUUUUUACACAUCUCCAUUCCUUAUUUCAUUUGGAUUUCCUAUAGCAAAGAAACCCAUUCAUGUGUAUGGAAUCAACUGUUUAUAGUCUUUUCACACUGCAGCUUUGGGAAAACUCCAUUCCUUGAUUUGUGUUUGUCCUGGCCUUCCUGGUGUGCAGUUACUGCUGUAGAAAAGUAUUAAUAGCUUCAUUUCAUAGAAACAUAAGUAACUUCCAGACACUUAUGUAGAGGACUAAAAGUGCACCUGGUAUUUAAGUAAUCUGAACCAGUUCUGCAAGUGACUGUGUUUUGUAUUACUGUGAAGACAUGAAGAUGUAGCUCAUUACAUUAAAGCGUGUUCUGCGUCACUUCCUCAUUUCUGCAUUCCCUCUCUCUCUCUCUUCUUUGGGUUUCCUUUCAGCAGGCAACUUCUCCAUGCCCUUCAUGUAUUCCUUGUUCAUAGGAAUCCAGAAGUAUCAGAUUGAAUGGGAAAGCAUUGACAUUUCUGGGCCAGGGGUCACAAUUUCAAGUGCCUCCUGUGUCCUGUGUGAUGGAGGCUUGUGUGUCUGUGACAACAGGGAGUUUCCUUAUUCACUCUUCAUUGCUGCUGUUGAAGUUGACAACUUCCCUUCCCAAUAAAAAUUCACUUACACCUCCUGCCUUUGUAGUUCUGGUAUUCACUUUACUGUGUAACAGAAGUAGCAUGUUGUUGCCAAAAUACAAGCAUUGCUUUUGGCAAAAUAAAGUGCAUGUCAUUUCUUAAUACACUCGAAAGGGAAAAUAAAGUACACAGUCCAAGUCUAAAACUUUAGUACUUUUCCAUGCAGAUUUGUGCACGUGUGAGAGGGUGUCCAGUUUGUCUCGUGAUUGUUACUUAGAGAGUUGGACCACUACUGUGUGAUGCUCAUCAUUGACUGUAGUCCCAAAAAGCCUUGUGAAAGUGUUAUGCCCUGUGUAACAGCAGAGUAACAUAAAAUAAAAUUACGUUUUAUAAACCA